AUGGAGUCUGAAGUUUGUGUUCUAGAUGAUUACAGUUCUUCUAGCGAUGAAGAGGAUUCAUCACGAGGAUCUAAUGUAAAACAGAACCACAUUUUCCUAUUGGAUUGUUUGAACAAAUAUGAGGAGCAAGAAAUGGAUGUUUGGUUCGAUUAUGUGAGAGCUUACGUACCAUUAAUGAAAUUGAUGCUGGAAGAUUACAAGAUGAAAUGGGAAAGUUAUCAAUUCAGACAAUAUGCAAAAAUUCAUGAUCCUUAUUAUCAAGAAUCAUACGAUGACUCUGACACCUCCAACGGUACUGUAUCAAGUGCUAUAAUUGAAGGCUUUCCAAACGGCGAUAAGAAUGAAUCCGUAAUCCUGAGCGUUGGAAGAGAAAAUAUCAAGGCCGGAUAUUAUAUGUUUUUAUCAUAUUUCCAAGGCGGAUGGUUCUAUCCAGAAGUUAAAAAGUAUUUUAGACAAAAGCAUGGUGUGAGGUGCUUCCGUAGUGAAUCUACUAAAAGUGCUCUUCAAGAUCCCGAUGAUUUUAGAGCUUUGAUCAAGUUUAGAACUAUGACAGCUAUGGAGUAUGUUUUUCAAAAAUUAUCUGAAAGAAACAUGCUUAAAAAUUUCACAUUUGUUUGCGUUGAAGCCUCUGAGGAAAGUUUGAAACUGCGUAAAGUGUGGAGUCGAUGGGGUAAAUGGAGCGAAUGUUCUGUGACCUGCGGUGAGGGCACGAUAUCCCGCAAACGUGUCUGCGUAUUGGGGCGUUGCGCGCCUGGCGAAAUGGAAGAGCAGCGUCACCCGUGCAACCGUGCACCUUGUUUACAUAUAGACGAUCAACAAGAUAUGACGUGA